GCAUUUGUUUACGUUCGCAGUUGAAUCCGCACCAAAUCGAGCGCACCAUGUUAUUCGUUGUGGUUAAAAGUUUUCAUCAAUUAUUUUUUUAAUUGAAACAAAAGUGCAACCAUGGUCAACAAACACCACAAACCCUCGGGCGGCAAACGCGGCCGCGGUCGCCCCGUCCUCACACCGGCCAUGAAGAAGCAGCAGCGCAAGGAGCGCGCCCAGCGGGCACCGGUCUCGCGCUUCCGGAAGAACCUGCGCCACAUGGAGCGCAGCAAGGAAGCGAUGGAAGCGCUGCGUCGGCAGCAGGAUGCUGAAGUCAAGUACAAACGGAAGAUGAAUGGGGCGGUGGAGGAGGAGCAGGAGCUGGCGGCGAUGGGUAGUGAUGGCGAGGAAGCCGGGGAGGACGACCACUUUGACGUGCUGGUGAAGACGUUGAACAGUGGCCGGAAGGGGGCGGAUCGGCGGGAGGCGGCGAUUGAGAGUGACGAGAGUGAGGAGGAGGAGGAGGAAGAGGACGAUCAAGCAGCGGAAGUUGAAGAGGAGGAGGAUGAGGAGAUGGAUGAUGGUUCUGAGGUUGAGGAAGAGUCCAGUGGGGAAGAGGGCGAGGAGGAGGAGGGGGACGAAGAGGAGAAGGACGAAGAGUCGGAUCCUUACUUGAACCACAUUAGUUACAACAUUAGUCCGCAGAUGCUGGAAUCGGUGUCGGCCAACCCGGCCGUCACGAACAAGAGCACCAUCGCCUUUGGCCGGUUGGGACAGCUGAUGGUGGAGAUUCCGAAGGAUCGUAGCAAGGAAGCGAAGGGUGCGACGUUGCUGGAUGACGACGAGAAGUACGCGCCGGAAGGGACCGUUCCGAAGGCAUUGAAUCCGGAAAAGUUGGAUGUGAAGAAGCUGUUUAUAAAGGAAAAGAUUCAACGGAACUUAGAGGAUCCGGUCUUCAACAAACUGCAAGCGGAAUGCUUCUCAAUUUUGAACAACUAUCAGGACUUGUACUUUCCUGGGAGGAAUCUGGACAACGGGUCGGAUCUUCAGAUGGUUUACUGCCUGCACGCCCUGAACCACAUUCUGAAGUCGACGUCGAAGAUCUUGCACCACAAUUUGAAGCUGGCGGAAGCAAAGGGAAAAAAGAAGAAAAAAGUCGCGACGGUUCUGGAGUACCGUGACCAAGGUCUGGUUCGCCCAAAGGUCCUGAUCGUGGUCCCGUUCCGCAGUGCGGCUUUGAAGAUCGUCGACACGAUUCAGCGCCUCUUCACCGGGGAUGACCCCAAGCUGGUGACCAACUACAAACGCUUCCAGUCCGAGUACGGCGGUGAAACGCUGGCUUUCCCAAAGGUCAACCCCAAGCCCGAGGAUUACGAGCGGACAUUCGCGGGCAACACCGACGACAACUUCCGGAUCGGCAUCUCGUUCAGCAAAAGUUCGAUGAAACUGUACACAAAGUACUACAAUUCGGACCUGAUUCUUGCCUCUCCGCUGGGACUCCGGAUGACCAUCGGCGCCGAGGGCGAAUCCGAGCGGGACUUUGACUUCCUCUCAUCUAUCGAACUUCUAAUCCUAGACCAAGCGGAAAUCUGCCUCGCCCAGAACUGGGACCACGUGCUGCAUCUGAUGGACCACCUUCACCUGCAACCCCAAUCUACCGAGCACACCGACUUCUCCCGCGUCCGCUACUGGUGCCUCAACGGAUGGUCCCGCUUCUACCGACAAACCCUGCUCCUUUCCUCCCACGACCUCCCCGAAUUUCGCUCCAUCUUCAACAACAAAUGCGCCAACUACCACGGCAAGGCCCGCGUCGCCAACCCCGUCAAAACCGGCUCAAUCCGGCACGCCAUUGUCCCGCUUCCCCAAACCUUCCACCGCAUCGAAGUGCCCUCCCUCGAAGCGUCCUACGACGCCAAGUUCGCCCACUUCACCACCGUCCUCCUGCCCCAACUCCGCUCCGUCACGAUGGCACGCACCCUUAUCUUCAUCCCGUCCUACUUCGACUACGUCCGGCUGCGCAACUACUUCAAAAAGGAAGAGCUCAACUUUGUACAAAUCUGCGAGUACUCCAAGGACGGCAAAAUCGCCCGCGCCCGGGACAUGUUCUUCCACGGCAGUGCCCACUUUAUGCUCUACUCCGAACGCUCGCACUUCUUCCGGCGGACGCGGAUCAAGGGCAUCCGCCACCUGGUCUUCUACCAGCUUCCUCAAUUCCCCCAGUUUUACCCAGAGAUGAUCAACCUGAUGGCGGACGAGUACCAGAACAAGCACGACGGAGUGGACGCGAGCUCGAUGACGGUUACGGCGCUCUAUACGAAGUAUGAUUUGCUGAGGCUUUCGGCGGUCAUUGGGACGCAGCAGGCGGCCAAAUUGGCCGGAAGUGCGCGGGCGGCGCACACGUUUACCACGCAGAAAUAAACGAUUGUUGAUUUGAA